GGCCGGGGCAGUUGUAAAGGCAACUUGGAGAGUCCGUGAGAGUCCGGGGACAGGUAGCUAUCAGUAUAUGUGGCAGCUGGACUUUGACAGUUUCUUCAAGGAGAGGAGAAACAGACCCAUUCCAAGGAGAUUUUUAAAGCUACUGAAGUUGGAAGAUGGGGAUCUGACCUGAACUGGUGCAUGCACGGAAGAUAAGCCAGCUGCCAUAUUGAUUCAAUCAACACUCAAGGAAAACUCUGAGGACAGCCAGAAAUGGAGCCCUGGGUUCCUAUUUCACAGCCUCAGCCCCAAGGGAGGCCUGCAGCACAGCUAGGGCUUCAGAGGAGUGGCCAUCACAAGCCAUGAUCCCCUCAUUCUCGGCAAAGUGGUGAGAAGUUCUACCAGUGGUCAGACCUUCGAGGGGGCCCUCCGCCAUGGGCAACUCAAUGGGCAGAUUACCAGUGGACAAACCAUCCAUAUAGACCAGGGCAUCAGAGUAGGCCCUCACUCUGGACAGAGUAUUAUGAAGGUUAUCCCAGUCACCUAUAUCCCAGGUCAGGAUAUGAGAAUCCAUAUCAGAACCACCCUCCUACAAGCACAAAGGAAGAGUAUGCCUAUGGAAGUUAUUAUCAUGGACACUCACAGCUGCUGAAAGAAGAGAGAGUUCCAAGGCAGGGGAGUCCCUACAUGAGGCAUGGAGAUUAUAGGGACCAAAACCCCUACAGUGACUACCAUGAGGAAAGACAGAGCAGCCCAUUUGGAACAAAUGGUGAAAUCCAGCUUCGGCAAGAAAGACCAGGGGAAGAGGAGUUGCAGCCGAGCACCUUGGAAGGUGUCAACACCCGGCUCAGUGAGGUUUCAUUGGCUGGUGAGUCCAGUUUGCUCCAACAGUAUAAGGAGUCGGGUCUUAGCUCCAGCAGCUAUGAGCUCAGCCAGUACAUGUCGGAUUCUUCUGAUCAGUUUGACUCUGCCCCUCUGAAGAACUGGAAUCCUAUUCAGACAGGUAGCAGUAGCAUGGGUCCUGUGGAUCCCAUGAAGUUCUUCGUUGCUCACACACCGGUGUGCUUUGGGCCAGGAGGUCAGCUGAUACUGGUUUGCCCCAACCAUCCAACUGAUGGGCAGACAGCGCUUGUGGAAGUGCAUAGUUUGGAGGUUUUCCUUAAUGACACUGAGGAACAAGAAGAGCUAAGAGCUUUCUCAGGACCUCUGAUCAGGGAAGAUGUGCACAAGGUGGACGUGAUGUUGUUUUGCCAGCAGAAGGCAGCUUUGAGUUCCAAGGCCGAGACACCAAGAGGUAGAGACUUGGCCCUGCUCUGGAAGCUGCUGGUCCUCCUUUGUCGGCAGAAUGGAUCAAUGGUGGGGUCGGAUGUAGCUGAGCUGUUGAUGCAAGACUGCAAGAAGCUGGAGAAAUAUAAAAGACAAGCCCCUGUAGCUAACCUGAUCAACUUGACCGAUGAUGACUGGCCGGUACAAAGCUCUGGGAGAUCCAACUUGCUCACUGGUGAGAUUCUGCCCAGUGUAGAGACACCAGCGCGAAUUAUUGAGAAGUUCACUAAACUCCUCUUCUAUGGAAGAAGGAAGGAAGCCCUGGAAUGGGCCAUGAGGAACCAUUUGUGGGGCCAUGCACUCUUCUUGUCCAGCAAGAUGGACCGGAGGACCUACAGCUGGGUCAUGAGUGGCUUCAUUAGUUCUCUGGCUCUCAACGAUCCCCUGCAGACUCUCUUCCAGCUCAUGUCUGGGAGGAUCCCCCAGGCAGCCACGUGCUGUGGGGACAAGCAUUGGGGAGACUGGAGGCCACACCUGGCAGUAAUGCUGUCUAAUCAGGCUGGAGACCCUGAAUUGCAUCAGCAAGCCAUUGUUACUAUGGGUGAUACCCUGGCGGGGAAAGGGCUAUUGGAGGCAGCUCACUUCUGUUACCUGACGGCCCAUGUGCCUUUUGGUCACUACACUGUGAAGACAGACCACCUGGUUUUGCUGGGCAGUAGCCACAGUCAGCAGUUUUUGAAAUUUGCAACCACUGAGGCCAUCCAAAGGACGGAAAUCUUCGAAUACUGUCAGAUGUUGGGACGGCCUAAAUUCUUCAUCCCUUCUUUCCAGGUAUACAAACUGCUUUAUGCUUCCCGUCUGGCAGAUUAUGGUCUCACAUCCCAAGCCUUGCAUUACUGUGAGGGUAUCAGCUCAGUCCUCCUGAGCCAGACAGAGAGCAGCCACCCUGUGCUAUUAGCAGAACUCAUCAAGUUAUCAGAAAAGCUGAAGCUGUCAGACCCUCUGCUCUUGGAAAGACGUCAUCGAGGGAAAGAGCAAGAACCUGAGUGGUUGGUAGAGCUUCGGGAACGACAAAGGGAACUCAAGUUUGCGAAAAAAGCAGAAGACAACGUUGGUGAUCCUGAUUUCGUUUACACAGAUAUUUUAAAAGCCAGACAGUCAACAGCAGAGAACACCCUCUACCAAGAUCCCAGUCAGGGUCAAGGCUACACAGAACCCCUCAGAUACCCUUCAUCCGUGCAGCUUCUGCCUGAGGGGACAGAUCUGAGCCAGCCAGAUCUGCAACAGCACCCUCCCUUCCAGCUAGGUCUGAGUCCUGCUGGGGAAGGACCAGGCACACCAGUGCCGCUUUAUGCCAGGCCGGAGACGGCAAUGACAGUAUCCUCUGAAAUGACACAGCCAGAGGAAGAUCAGCAGGCAUACCUACCCCAUGAGGAUAUCCCAGAAUCUCAACAGUCAUACCAGUACCAGUCCCCUGAGAUUCAAAAGGACUCAGUGGCUCCUAGAGCACGCAGCAUUUCUGAGAGUUCUACCAUUUCUUUAGAAGAUGAAAAAGAAGACUCCUCAGGUGAUGAUGAUGAAAAAAAAGCUGUCCAAGACAAUGUAAAGAGCAAGAAGGAACCAGAAAGGAGUGCAAAGGGCUCCGGGUUUGGAUGGUUCAGUUGGUUUCGAUCCAAACCUGCUAAAACGCCUUCUGCAGAAGAGGACUCCUCUGACAGCUCUGACUCUGAGGAGACGUCCACCGAAGCUCAGUCUCCCUUGGCUAGCACAACCCCCUCCAUGUCAUCUCCUUCCUUUUUCCUGCCUCACCCAGGUGCCAACACUGUCUCCGUAAGUCCAGGUGAAGGUGAAAGAAGAGGAUCCAUGAUCAAUAAAAAUCUGCCUGCAACAGAGGGUGCCCCCCACGAACUUCAUUUCAAUCCCAGUGGCCUACCCCCUACUUCUAACUUUGGAAAUGCUGUCCCUCUCUACAACCCAUCCCAGGUGCCUUAUCUCUCCAUGACUACGAGUGUGAAUCGGCCAAAUCGCCUUGCUCAGCGGCGCUAUCCAACCCAGUCAUGACAAGAAUAACUUAGAACAUCCUUCCUGGACUUCAGGUUUUUCUCCCCCACAGCUAGGACACAGGACAAUGGUGUUGCCUUUAUAUCUGGCUUGUUUUCUUAACCUCCUAAUGCCUUGUUCUAUCCUCUUGGGAAGCGAAGGGGGUCCUUAUUACUGGAUCAUUAUCUCCACAAAAGACACUGGAAGGCCAGGAGAGUGGCCUGCUUCAUUAUUUGUUGAACUCCUUCAGACAAAUAGGAGGGUAUUGCUUCAAAGGGUGUGUGUGAGGGAAACCCUUGGUGUAAAAGCACACUGCCAGUGCACUGAAAGCUCUCUGUGAUGGUGAUGACUUUCUCAGGAAAACAAGGAUCCACAGAACCUUUGCUAGAAUCACUUUUAACACCAUUUGGCACAGUUAGGAAAUUCACUAUGGGGAGAAAGAUGGGCCUGUUAUAGAAUAAAUUUUUCCUUAAGUCCCAGGAGUAAGUUCUUAACCUUCCGUGUAAUAGAGGCAGUUAGGUGGUGCAGCAGAUACAGCACUGGUCCUAGAGUCAGGAGGACCUGGGUUCAAAUGUGGCCUCAGA